GGAUUUGCUAGCUCGAAUACUAAAAGCGUCUAGAUUGGCUCUUAGAGGAUGCUAACCUCUCGUAGAAGAUACCCCGAUGCUUCCCCAAUUCAUGAAUGUAGUAUAAGAGGUGGCCCAGCUGACUCUAGUGAGAACCCAAACUCAACUUCUCCAUCCAAUACCCCUUACUCCAAGACCUGCAGAUAUCUUAUUGAUAAACUGUACGAUGGCGAAUACCACUGGCUCCAAGAAGAGUCUCCGCAUUGGCAUAAUGCUUGAGGCUGUUCAACUAUCUGACAUUGUCGGCGUGGACAUCUUUGGUAACCUGUCUAGAGGGUACAUGGACGAGGUGAAAGUGCUCGACCCGAGCAUUGCUGCGUUCGAGGAGCACGCGGUCGACAUGGAAUUCUUCUACAUUGCGACGACGCUCGAGCCCACAAUGAUGGUCCCGGGCCUGAACUUCACGUUCCAGCCGAACGUGACGUACGACGACUGCCCACGCGAUCUAGACCUGGUCCUCAUUGGCGGGCCGACGCCCGCCCACCGGCCCGCACAGGCCGACAAGUUCAUCAAAGAAGCGUGGCUCAAGACGCGCGUCUGGAUCACGACGUGCAUCGGCAGCGCCUGGCUUGCGAGCGCCGGUGUGCUUGAGGGCAGAAAAUGCACCACCAACAAGGGUUUCUUGGGCACGGUCCAGCAGAUGUACCCUGACACCGAGUGGCUGCACCAGCGCUGGGUCGUCGACGACAAACCAUAUGAUGGCCCUGAUGGCAAGGGCGAACUGUGGACGUCGGGUGGUGCCGGAGCCGGCAUUGAAAUGAUUGCUGAGUACUGUCUCAAAAACUUCAGCAGGGAUUUUGUUACUGCCUUGGCUUUGGAGGCCCUGGAGUUCAACCCAGCGGGCAGCAGGGGGCAGUUCUACUCAUCCUGACCAGCCACAGGCUCGAGGGUCGUGAAUUGACGUUGAACGAACUGUUUUACCUACCUAGAUAAGAUUCUGGUGCUCCUUGAGCGCGAAAUGAAUUUUGCGAUCAGUUUUGGGCAGAAUUUGAAUUGCCAAGCCCAGCAGAAGGGUGACAAAGCCGUGUAGGUACUUAUUUCCUGCUCAGUAUCGUAGUUGCCCAAGCAAUACGCUUGUGCCUGCCUUAGCAGCACACCCCUUAGCAGCACACCGAGCGAACACAGUCCUUCAACCAAAUGAACACAGUGCACCGUAGCUUACCAAAGUGUUGAAUGCGAUCGAAGUUGACAGCGCAUUGACUUGUCUGCUGAAAUCAGGUCUAGUGGUACAGGAAAAGAGCGCUUUCUUAUACUGA